ACGACUGCGGGGUUUUCACAACCGAUUGCACGGAAAACGACAGCCAUUACAGAAUUGGCUGAAGACAGGAAGCAAUUGUCGUUCAUUGAAAGCGAAAAUUUCUUUGUUGUCGUGUUUAAAUUUGUUUACGGCUUCUAUAAUCAGCAUUCUCCUUAUGAGAUACGCCGUAUUUGCAUAGUAAGUUCGGUGAGUCAAAUAUUCUGGUGUGCUUCUCAAAAUAUUUCGAUCAACAUUUCCAAGUAAAAUGGCGAAUGGGUAAUGCACAAUGAUCUUAGGCAACUGAGUGUGUGUUAGGUGUCAAGAUCAGGUAUCAGCAUCAUCAGUGGACUUUAGUACAAUGACAUGGUGCAGUUGACUCCUUUUCCACUUCUUCAUUUUAUUAUCCUUCGCUGAUGGACUGUUUGCUGCUUGGUCGUCUUUAUUCUCAUCAACUUCUUAUCUUUCAUCGUACAUUUUAACUGAGGGUGAAGAAGGAAGAGAUUUCUCAAGUAUCUAAAGUGAAGAUCCCUCGAAAAACAAUUCAAAAUGAGCGUCAUAAUCAGACUACAGAAUUUGGCAUGGUCCGCGAACGCUUUGGACAUUCGCCAAUUUUUCAGAGGCUUGAGCAUACCGGAAGGAGGUGUGCACAUUGUUGGCGGAGAAUUGGGAGACGCUUUUAUAGCUUUCAGCACCGACGAGGAUGCCCGACAGGCGAUGAUGCACGAUGGCGGCAAGAUCAAAGAAAUGAAGAUAAAGUUGUUGCUGAGCUCACGAACGGAGAUGCAGAAAGUUAUCGAGGCGGCCCGCCAACAGACCUUGAGCCUUCAAUCGUUCAUGCAAACGGCGCCGGUUGCUGUCGCCCCGGUUGUUCAGAAGCCUGGAUCGCCCGGCGACCGAAGGGAAAAAGAGAAGGACAACGAUAGCGAGUCGAGCAAGGAUCGCAAGGAUAGACGCGACAGAUCUCGAUCCAGGGACAGAUCUCGGUCUCGUGACCGUGACAGGGAUAGGGAUCGGCGAGAUAGGGACAGGGGGCGAGAUCGUAGACGUCGUGAUAGAAGCAGAUCGCGGGACAGGGAGAGGGACAGGAGGGACAGGCGUAGGCGUCGCGAUCGAUCAAGAUCUCGGGAUCGUACGCGAUCGAGGGAUCGGGAUACUAAGCGUAAUUCGACGGGAGAGCGCCGAAAGGACGCCAACGACGACGACAACAACGAUGUGGUGUGCGUGGGCCAGUUUCACAAAGACAAACCUGUAGCCGGUGCCAAGAAACCGUUGGAGAAUGGUAUUUGGGAGGUGCCGCCACAGACGCAGAUGCAGGCUGCCAUGUUGGCGCCUGGAAUUUUGGGCGCCGGUGUGGCAGCACUGUCGCAAGAUGGCGAGCCACGGUCUAUGGUUAUGGGGCAUCCGUCCUUACUUCAACAAGGCCAGUUCCCUAUAAAUGGGAUAAACGGUGUUGGAAGUCUGAUGCAGUCGCAUAUGCAAACCCUCGGCCACACUGUAGGCAUGGGCCCGUUGUCCCAGAACGUGGGCGGAUCGAAUUUACCCAACUUGAGCAGCGGGGUGAGCUCGUUGAAUCGGCCCAAGGAACCGUGGAAUCAGAACGAGCAGAGCAGAUUGGAUCAAGUUAGAUUCCCUGGUAGGUCGGGCCAGUUUGGAGCGGAUAUAUACGGUUCGAACGGUUCUGUGAAUUACAGGCCGGGGAUCAGACCGAAUAAUCCGUUUUUGAGCAAGGUGCAAGAAUUGGAAGGUCGCCGGAACCCACACGCCUUCCAGACCAAUAGCUCGCAGUUCAACUUCGACAGUGACAGGCCAGGGAAUCGUAGUUCGACGAACAGAUUCUCGAACGAGAAUAAGAACAGCAGUGGAGGUGGGCAUUGUGUCGAGGUUCGUAACAUGCCUUUAAGCGCCACGUAUAACGACGUCCGUCACGCGUUUCAAGGUAUUUAUAUAAGGAAAGACGGGCUCAAGUUGAUCAACGAUAAUCACGGAAAUCGUGUUGGUAUUGCUUACGUUAAGUUCAGCAAGGCCGAGGGUAAGGAACUAGCAUUGGGCACUACCAGAUUCGUUAGAGGAUCAGAGGUGGAGGUUUUACAUCUCGACGAAAGUAUCUUCGACAAAGCGGUGGAUUCGUAUUCCCCUGAAAAGGAAAGGGAUCGGGGAGAAGAUGGUAUAGACGAUGUCAGAUCAUCUGCCUGUAUAUUACUGACCGAUCUUCCUUCCUUCACCAAAGAGAUGGAUAUUGCCAAAUUGUUCCACGAUUGGAAAAUCAACGACCUGUUCAUCACCAGUACCAAGGAAUCUGGGAGUAUCCAAUGCAUGGCCUAUGUGCAAUUUGCCAGAAUAGAGGAUGCCAAAGCGUCGGUAAAUACGUCUUUGAAAAUUGGCAAUAAACCGGUGACCGCGACAGCGAUCACCGAGGAAAAAUUUGCUCAAGCGAAGCGUGAUCACGAGCAGAAUAGUAUGAAUCAAACGGCCAGCUCGGAUUGCGUUAUCAUGCGGGGUCUCCCAUUCCAAACGAUCGACCGUGACAUUUUGGACUUUUUCUCCGACAUUGGAAUCGUACCCCAUCGAAUACACAUGUUACAUCAGAAUGGGAAACCCGCCGGCGAGUGUUUUUGUGAAUUCGACACGGCAGACGAGGCUCUCAGAGCCACUGCUAAAAACGGUUUACCUUUUGGCAAGAACGUCCCCACCAUAGAGCUGGUUCCACGGGCGAAAAUGUUGGAAACGUUAGGAAUGGUGGAUCCACAGAUCAUGGAAACGCAACAGCAACAUUUCCCACCUCUUCAGGAGCAAAGGCCACGAUUUUCCGGCCCCAUGAAUCAUUUACCCCGCUUUGGUAAUUCUGGUUUCGGGCCUAGAUGCCCUCCUGGCUUAAUGGGUAUACCUAGACACAUGUUAGGCCGACACCCAGGUUCCAUGGAUUACGUGGUGGAAGGUUUUGGCAAGCCUGGCUGCGUAUUGUCCUUGGAAAAUGUCCCUUUCAAAGCCGACAUCAACGAGAUCAUCGAGUUCUUUGGCGACUUUGAUGUGAAGAGAGAGAACGUGAUACGUCGGUAUAACGAAAGAGGUAUGCCUACAGGCGAUGCCAGAGUAGCUUUCGCGUCGCCCAGCGAGGCACAAAGAGCAUUAAGGGAGUUGAAGCACUGCAAGAUGAGAGACCGCACGAUAUACAUGAAACUUGCGUGAAUACUUCCGUCUUAAAUGUCGCUAAGUCAAUUGCACAAUUUCCAAAGGGUGGUUUUAAGUGAAAGAAACUCGAGAAGAAUUAGUCUUUGAAAGAAUUGAAAAAACAAUGAUGUCUAAAGAACGAAUCAAAGAAUCGAUGAAUCGAUAGUAUUCGUCGAUUAUUUGAUAAAUAUGGGAACAAUAUAAAUACACGAUGAAUGAUUAAACGAAUGGAGGAAAAGUUACAUACAGCAUUAGGGAAGGAAAUGUUUUCAUUUUAUAAAUGGUGUAUUAUAAUCUUUUAAAGGUAGUUUAAUUUUUUUGUUAACUUUUUCAUUCAUCUGCGAUCUUCUUCUAUCCAUUCUUAUAUUUUUGUAUAUAGAAGACUGAUGUCUCUGACGUAUAUUGUUCUUCGAGAUCAUUAAUAUUGAUUUAGCAAUGUUAAGUAAGGUUUAAUAAUUUACAAAUAAUAGGACAAAUAAUAAUUAAAGCGAAAGUUUGAUAUUUUAAAAUAUUUCAAUACUUAAUGACAGUAAAGACAAAUUUCAUUCUCGAGUAAAUUUUUCUCUCGAGAUAAAAUAAAGAUUAUGAAAAUAUUCUUUUUCUUGUUAUUACAAUUUAAUUUGUAAUUUGUAUUGGAUGCCUAGUUUCUUUUUUCAUUUGUAUUAAAGUUUGGGUAAGAUCAUCUUGUAUCUUAUUAAGCAAAGUAACAGCAACAACUAUUGUUGUUAUUCUCAUAUCCACUAAGAGUUAAGCUUUGUAAAUACGUAAGCCAUCAUUUAAAAUCGUCACGUUAUGUUCUAAAUAUUUUCUUUGGCACGUAACGUUCAUGCCUAGUAUACAAUGCUUUCGUUUAUAUGAUUAUUAUAGAUUAUUCUAAACAAAACGCAAUAAAAAGUACAAUAAAAGACUUAUUCGACGAAAGAUACCAUUGAGCAAUUCUUAUCUUUUAAAUUGAUUACGAAUAAAACAAACAAUAAUAAUAAUAAUAAUAAUAAUAAUUCAUGCUCACAAUUAUCAUAAUUUUGAAAGGGGAAAGGCUUUCAUACAUGUAUAGAAAAAAAUACACAAUGUUCAUUGUUGUUACGAGUUUCAAUGAUACGUAAGUGUACACAUUAAACAUAAAUGCAAAAAAA